AUGCCGCUUAGGAUCGCUGAUUCUGAGAAACACACUGUUGAUGAAGAAGAAGCACAAGGAGAUUCAGGAGGAGUGAUGACUGAGUGUGGUACAGAUUCACCCGUCCAACAUACUCUUCCUCAUGAGGAUGCAGGAAAUACGGUGGGGAAAAAUGAACCGAGAAUGAUGCAAGCCUAA